UCAACAGCGAAGUCCUGGAAGAGAACUCACUACAGUAAUCGACACUUCCCUAUUGCUUUCAACGACAUCACUCCACCUAAUGGGUUCCGGCUUCGAAUUCUUGAUAGCAAGGAUAACAACUGGGUGGGAGAUCAGAAAGAUUACCCUUCGGUAAAGCAGUGGUGUACAUUUCAUCUCCCACCAGGGCCAUACUCUUGCCUUCAAUACACAGUCGACUCCUCUGCACACUCGGAGAACCAGGUCAUAGCGGACCAGCAGCACUGUCCUUCCGAGAUUAGUCUGCAUGAAUUCGUCGCGUUCGGCUGCCUCCGUGCAGGAACAAGAGUGCAGUGGCAUAACAUAGUCCGCGAGCUGGCUUCAUCUUCACUUUCAAUGAAUGAACAGGCGGUAGGCUUGCUAUUUCGUCAAGCGGCCUGGGAGCUCACGGGCCCAAACCCUGACUCAGAGCUAAGAGAAGCUCACGUAUCAUUUAACAAAGAUAGCUUAGGGAUCCAACUGCUGGAGUGCUUGGAACAAAAGCUCAGUUCCAUUGAAGCCAACUGGAACGAGCAUUACACGCUUCAUACUCUUGUUACACUUGGAAUUCGAGCUCUAAGCUUGUCCAAUGGGUUCGGAGAUGUUGACAGAGCGGCUUCUUUCCUGCGUCGAAGCAGAAGAACGUGCUUGAAGUGGUGUGAGGCUUUAGCAGGAAGACUGGAGAGUCAAACAGAUGCGCAAAGUGAAGCCCAGCAGUUGCUUAUCGUUAAGAUUGGCGGUAUCUGUCAACUCACAUAUGCGGUAGAGCCACAGCAUCUUCCGCUUGUUCUAGAUAACCGUACCGACCUCUUCCAUUUGACAAGGUGCUCAAUCUUGGUUUUUGAGAACACGCCGCGAUCCCGUGACCAUCUCCCAUUCGACAUUGGAAAUAGUCUUAUAUGGACAACCAAAAUUCUUCAUUACCUUGAAGAACAUGCCCGUCAAAUGAUUGCGGAUGAUUCAUCAGGAUUUAAUGAAGCAAUAAAGAUGAGCAUACCUGAUCUACAGAUUACGUCUUCGUGGACUACAUGUCCGGGAACACUUUCGCGCUGGGUUGCCAACCAAUCGAUUGCUGGGCCCCGUGAAUGUCCACAAGAUAUCCAUUACAAUCUGCUCAGUGGAGAGCUUCUUCUAGCGAACUGUCCCCCAGGACGACUUCCUGAGGAGUACACUAGCCUGUCUUCAUUUCAGCGCAUAUUUGGCAAUAUCCACUUUUCAUUGAACGCAAAAGGUCUUAUAAUAAAGGCACGAGCCGAACAUCAGCUGCUACAGCUUAUCCCCCACGAAAUUUUGGCUGGAGAUUUUCCGGAGGAUUUAGUUUCGAACUAUGGGCAUUGGCUCAAUUUGGAGACCGGGACACUCGAGUUUCGCCCCCUUGAACAUCUAUGGAUCCCGCGGUCGAGUAACUGGAACCUCUUAAUGAACGCUGCGCCAGGAGGGAUCUCAACCAUGAGCAGAUGUCAUAAUGCAUUGAUCGACAUAAGGAGCCAUCUUUUCCAACAAUUAAGGGCUGUUUUGGAGGUAUUGGAUGAUCCUGGAUAUAUACAUGUCAUCCAGACUGGGAGAGACAAUCGCAAGUCUGUGGAGGUUGACAUGGUCCGACUUCGUCUAAAAUUCAUCAUCAACAAAGCUGGCGGGCUCGAUUGCCAGGAACUUAACGCAAUAGUUGACCACGACCAAGAUAUCGGAUGUUUAUAUGGUCUACGGAACAAGCUUGUGCUACUGGACACCAAGAAACGUUGCCGCUCCGUGCUGAUACCCUAUGGAAGCGUUCAAUUAAUCAAGACCAAGCACCAAACUUCUGUGACUGUCAAUGCACCCAAAGGAUCUUAUCGGAAGUAUUUUCACUACUCGCUCGAUCGUUAUUUGAAGGUUUUACAGGGGUCAUUCGACAUGUUAGAGAUACUUUAUCUGGCAUAUAUGCACGCUGUUACGAGCCAUAUUCUCCCUGAUCCUGCAACAGAGCGUUCAGGGACUGCGGAAGCCAUACGAAUUUUAGGGCAGGCAUGCCUGAGAACCUCGUUUCCACUUAGCUCCGAAACAAUUGCGCUCUUAAAAGUCAUUGCAACCCUGACCCCUCGUCGUCGCUACUACCCACGUCAUUUGAAGUCCAUGCAAACCGUGUCGUGGAACAGUGAGCUUGGCGAACUAGCCCAGCACGAUGAUUUCCGAGUCCUUGCACAGGAAAUCGUGGAGAAUGCAAGCAGGUUUUGUACACUCCAUGGUGUAAGUGACGCCGAUCGUGAUGAAAUGAUGGACUGUUAUAAAGAUCGUGGAGAUCAAAAUCUCCUCGAAAGAGCCCGUUCUCGCAAUUCACAGUUCCACUGUUCUGAAUAUGGCGGUAGUGCAGCACGUCAACUACCUCAGCCAACAUUAUAUAGGUCUCGUGACCGUGAUUAUCAGAGUGACCGCAGUCACCGUGUUUAUAAAAUCGCGACCCUGGUGAGAGACUGGCGGCCUUGCCUCUCACAAUGCUCUGAUCUUCUUGGAAGCGUGGGGUCUUGGAAAAGUGUCCGGCUCUCAUGGACCUCUGUACAGGACCUUACCUGCUCAGAGCUACUGAGAUUGUCCUUCAGAGACGCAUGGGGUUCUCUGUAUGAGCUUUGCCGAUCCAGUGAUCAAGGCAGAGACUCAUACAGCCUCAUGUCUCUCUUUUGCACGAUUGCAUUUUCUGGAAGGGAGGAACUCCAAAUUUAUCCACUUUUAACUGUCGCAUUUUCUGGCAUAUUUCGGGACCUUCCAAUUCCGUUCAGUCAACGAGAAGCCCUUGACCUGGAAGCGGGCGAAGAAAUCGAUCCUCAAGAAGUCAAUGCAGCAAUCAAAAGAAAUUACAGCCAUUUCUUCUGUCCCACGAUCAUCAGAAUCACCAAAGCACAAAAGAGAGUGAGCAAGCAGCGCCAGGAGGAAUACGAUCUGCAGAAGGAGGCCGACAUGGGGUCAUGCCUAGAGGCCAUCAGAAGACAAUGGCCUUGCAAAGUACCUCAGCUGCCUGAGAUUGAACGGAUGGAUAAAUCAGGAGCUUCGGAAGCAUGCUCGUUGCUC